UACAUCAGUUUGUUGGGCAUGGGCUUUCUACUCAUGUGGGUGGAAGUGCUGUGUGCUCAUAAAGAAAUGCAUGCACUCAAAAUCAACGCUUUCGCAUUCAUGUGUACAGUGCUCUCAGGACUGUUAGGGAUGGUGGCUCAUAUGAUGUACACCACCGUAUUUCAGCUAACUGUGAUUGUGGGGCCCAAAGACUGGAGACCUCAGACAUGGGACUAUGGCUGGUCAUUUGCGCUGGCAUGGGUGUCUUUCAGCUGCUGCAUGUGUUCUGCAGUUAUGACCCUUAAUUCUUACACAAAAACAGUCAUUGAGCAACGUCACCGCCAGAGGCUUCGAUUAGAGGAGGCCCGUGCUACAAGCCACGCUCCGUCCUAUGAUGAGGUGGUCCCAGGUGGCGGGCUGUACUCCGUCAGCGGCCUAUUACAGUGCCCAAAUGGGAUGAUAGACUCUAUGUGGGCAUCCAAUGGGAGCAUGGGACUGGUGCAAGAGAGGGAUGUGCCCACCCUGGUACUUGUUGGAGGAUGCGGACAAGAUUCGUGUGAAGACUGUGAGAGAGAGAUGGAUGAGAUGAAGGAGGCCAUGAAUGGAAUAGAUUCUCCUUGUUAAUCGUGGAUGAUGUGA